ACACACACACACACACACACACACACACACACACACACACACACACACACCGCGGCCAGCAGAGGGCGAUGUUGCCCCUCCCGCCCCCACGAGCGCAGGCGGAAGUGCGAAAAUGAAAGUGCCCUGAACUUCCGGUGUGGCAGCGCUCCGGAGGGACGGAGGACACAUUGAGAGGAGAGUGACCGAGUGACACGGGUCCGAACGACUCCCCCGCGCCCCCCGUUCGGGGUUCUGCGCCUUUUCAGGGACAUGAUGACGUCAGAGGACCGCCGCACGGAAAGGUGUCUGCGUUCCCCCCGCAGAGCUGACGGCGGCGGUUCUCCUUCCGCGUGUCCCGCGUCCACGACCCGAAGAACGCGUCCCGGUGAGUGACGCGUGUCCCCGGCGCCGCCCGCAUGCGGCCCCCCGUGGAGGGACCCCCGUCGGGGGUGCUGUGCGUCAACGGGACGCCCUGGAUCCUCUACCUCUUUGAGGAGUGUGUCCAAAGUGCCUGGGAGUACUGGAGUGUCCUCAUGGGCCUCUUCUCCAUGUUCUGCUUCCUGCUGUCCACUCUGCCGCAGGUUUACGAGGCCUGCAGGACCGGCAAGGUGGAGGAGGCCAUCUCCGCAGGCUUCCUGCUCUUCGUACUGGCCGGAGAUGUGAGCAACCUGGCCGGGUGUUACCUCACGGGACAGCUGCCCAUCCAGGUGGUGACGGCCGUGUUCUACAUCUUCAGCGACGUCGUGCUCAUCUCCCAGUUCCUCUACUACAAGACCAGGAACAGAGACGCUCGCAGAAGGCCCUUUCUCAAGUGGAUCUGCUUCCUGUGGUGCAGCUUGGCCACCGUUGGGUGUCUCGUUCUUCCCAAAGUUCUCAAGGACAUCAUCAGCGAGAACCCAUCUGGCCGACAGGAACUCUCCGGAUACGUGUGCGGCUACUUGUCCUCCGUCUUCUACCUCACCUCCCGCCUUCCGCAGCUCUACAAGAACUUUAAGAGACAGUCCACGGAGGGGACGUCCUACCUGCUGUUUGCCCUGUGCAUGCUGGGAAACGGAACCUACGGCCUGAGCCUCAUCGUAGUUCUGCCGGCGCUGACCGGGUCCAAGAGCACCUUCAUCCUGAACCACCUGGCCUGGCUCAUUGGCAGCCUUGGCGUCCUUCUCCUGGACGUCUUCAUCUCGGCUCAGUUCGUCCUGUACAGGAAGCGGCGCCCCGGCGUUCCCGUUCCUCUGGCGCUGAAGAUGGUUCUGGAAGCGGAGCCCUUGUUGCGUGGGGACGAGGAGCCGUGAAGCCGGCAGAGCUCGCCCACGCGGACGUUCCGCAGCCUCUUCUCGGUGCCCUCUGGAAUCCGGCGGGACCGGAAAGGGAGCUUUUGCUCCGCGGAGCGCAAAAGCGUGUAACGCACACGUGCCGUGUGUAUGAAGGCGACACGCUGACGGAGACACGUUGAGAGCCUUAAACGGAGACUCUUACCUGAAAGCUUUUACUGUAGUUAAAGUGAUGAACAAACAUUUCUAUGCCUUGAAGGGACAUUUUCUGUGAACGUUGCCCGUUGAUGCAGAGACAUUUACACGGGUCUUAUGGACAUGCACGCACGCACGCACGCACGCACACGCACACAUACACACACAAUGCAAGGACCUGCUUUAAAUGAUGUUGGGAUGCUCUCUCACAUUAAUCUCUGUUUUCCUUCAAAAUUUGUGUUUUGAAAGUGAUAUUUGUGAAACAUCGUAUUUGAC